AUGGCAGACCCCGUAACCGUCACCCUCGACUCCUUGCAGUCCGGCACCGUCGACUUCACCACCCUCGAGUCCGCCUUCGGGCCCGACUCGCUUGGAAUCAUCCUAGUGUCCAACCUGCCACCGACGUUCCCGGCGCUGCGCUUACGCCUGCUUACCUUCGCGUCGCUGCUGGGAAACCUUCCGGCGCAGGAGCUCGCGGCGCUGGAGUGCCCAGAGGCAAAGUAUCUGGUGGGGUGGUCGUGCGGGAAGGAGAAGCUGGCCAACGAUAGGCCGGAUACGGCCAAGGGGAGCUAUUAUGUGAACUGUGCGUUCUAUAAGGAUAGGAGUCUGGAUGGCGCGGAGGGCGGUGAGAAGUAUGGCGAUUUGAGGGAGUAUACGGAGGGGAAUAUAUGGCCAAGGGAGGAGUUUCUGGAGGGCUUUAGGGAGACGUUUAUGGAGUUGUGUACGCUGAUUAUUGAUACGGCGGGCUUGGUCGCGAGGGCUUGUGACCGCUACGCCGUCGCCAAAAUUCCCAACUACACCCCCGGCUACCUUGAACACGUCGUCGCCACUUCCACCACGACAAAAGCCCGCCUCCUCCACUACUUCCCCCUCCCGCCGUCCAUGACCCCCACCGCCCCCGACUCCUGGUGCGGCACUCACCUUGACCACAGCUGUCUUACCGGCCUUACCUCCGCCAUGUACACCUCCUCCGCCUCGCCCAAUACAGAGAUACCCUGCCCGGACCCGAACGCGGGGCUGUAUAUACAAGACCGGAACGGAAACACCGUCAAAGUGGCGAUACCGAAGGACUGUCUGGCGUUCCAGACGGGGGAGGCGCUGGAGGUGAUUACGAAGGGCAGGUUUAAGGCCGUGCCGCAUUUCGUGAGGGGGUGUGAGGUGGGCGGGGUGGCGAGGGGGACGCUGGCAGUGUUUACGCAGCCGAAUCUGUGGGAGAUGGUUGGUGAGAAUGAUUUUGCGAUGUUUGCGAGGGAGAUCGUGGGUAGGAAUACUAAUGAAGGAUGA